GCAAAAGAUUCCUCCCCCAACCCUAGAAAGAAAAUUAAAUCUCAGAUUAAAUUUUCCCGAGAAACAAACACUCUCCCUCUUCCUCCUCCUGCUUCUCCUUCCUUCAAUCCAGCUCAAUCACAAUCAAAUCAUGCUUCUUCUUUCUUCCCGUUCUUCUUCAGUUCCUCCCCCUCUCUCUCACCUAACCCACUAUUUUUAAUCCCCUCUCUCUCUCUACCUUCCUUCAUUCUCACUUAAACCUAAAUAAUAAACUAAAACCCAACCCCCAAUUUCCCCCCUUUAAUUCCAAUUCGGGAUUUUUUUUUCUGGGUGUUUCUCCGAUGGGGUGCGCCAGCUCCAAGCUGGACGAUCUCCCGGCGGUGGCGCUUUGCCGCGAGCGGUGUACCUUCCUCAACGAAGCCAUCACCCAGCGGUUUCUGUUGGCGGAGGCUCAUAUCGGGUACGUGUACUCGCUCCGGGGAGUCGCGGACUCCUUGCAUCAUUUCAUGGAGCAGGAUUUCGGUGCUGGCGAUGGUGGUGGGUUGGGGUCUCCGAAACUCAAUUUGCCGGCGAAGGGGAAAGGGGUGAGUGUGGAGGAUGGUGGGAAUUCGCCCAAGAAAGUUAGUGGUGGCCGGGGGCAUGGUCAUUCUCAUUCUCACUCUCACUCUCACUCUGGCUCGCAUCUUCAUUUUAUACCUGAUUCGGACGAGGAGGAUUCGGACGGUGAUGAUGAUUCGGAUUCGCAUCUUCAUCUCUCUGAUCACUCGUCUCCCUUGCACAGUCACGCCGCCGCCGCCGCCGGCGGUGGUGGGAAGCAUGUGGAGUAUAUGGGUUCUGAGUAUAUGCCUAUGUCUGUGGAUCAAAGCUCUUUUCCCGGCGGCGGGUAUCCCGGUGGUGGAGUCGGUUACCCGGGAGGUGGAGUCGGGUACCCGGGUGGCGGCGCCGGAUAUCCGGGUAGUGGCGGUGUGUAUCCCGGCGGCGGGGGUGGGUAUCCGGGCGGCGGCGGUGGAUAUCCGGCUACUGGCGGCGGGUAUCCGGGCGGCGGGGGCGGGUUUUUCCAAAUGAAUUAUAUGAAGAAAAAGGGGACAGCGUCGGUGGUUUAUCAGCAGAGGCCGGCGGCUGCGGAGACCGUUCGUUUCGGUGAAUCUUCUUCGUCUUCGUCUUAUUAUUCGCAGGCUAAUAACAAUCCUCCUUACCCUGUUGACAAUUCGAGCGCUUAUUCGUAUUUCGGGUACCCUAAUUAUACCGGCGGCGGCGGCAGUAGCAGUGGAGCGGCUGGCUACUACGGCGCUCCGCCUGCUUAUGGAUCUUCAUCUCCGCCUCCCCAGAUACAGGGGGCUUCCUCGUCGAAGCCGCCGCCAGCUCCGCCAUCACCACCCAGAGCAUCAGCUUGGGAUUUCUUGAAUCCGUUUGAGAGUGGUGAGACGUUCUAUCCAUCUUACACUCCCAGCAGAGAUUCCAGAGAAGUGAGGGAGGAAGAAGGGAUUCCUGAUUUGGAGGACGAGGAUUAUCAACACGAAGUUGUUAAAGAAGUACACGGAGACCCUAAAUAUGCAGCUGAAAGUAGUGGCAGUAGUGGUGAUGUUGGUCAUAGUAAUUAUACGAAAUCAGCGAUGAUUGAUGAUGAUGAGAUGGAAGCUAAGCCCAGUACCAGUGGUGGUGGUGGUGGUGGUGAAGCAGAGGCAUCGCUCUACCAAACCAGGGCUAGUGGUGUGUCAAUGGAGACUGAUGGACCUGAGUAUGAGGUGCACGUAGUGGAAAAGAAGGUUGUUGGUAAGGAGAAGCCUGAUGAGCAUGGCAAUGGCGCCGGGUCAAAGGGUCGAGGAGGGUGGCGGGAUGUGUCUCAAGUCGCUAUUGAGAUCAAGAUUCAGUUCGAGAGGGCUUCUGAGUAUGGGAAUGAAAUGGCUAAGAUGCUCGAAGUGGGGAAGCUCCCUUACCAGCGUAAACAUGUUUCAAAGAAGUUGCAUGGUGUGACUCCAUCAUCAUUAUCGUUGAUAGCUUCACAGCCACCUGCUUCCAAUAGCUUGGAGGCUUCAUCCUCCAAUGAUAAUGCUCUUCCAUCUUUCCUGGAGAUGGAUGAAGAUCUGGCUGUCAGAUCAAAGAAUCUUUCCUCUACCUUGCAAAAACUGUAUCUUUGGGAGAAGAAGCUAUAUACUGAAGUGAAAGCAGAGGAGAAAAUGCGGGUAGUUCAUGACAGGAAAUGCCGGAAGCUGAAACGUCUGGAUGAGAGGGGCGCGGAAGCUCACAAAAUAGAUGCUACACGAACUUUGAUAAGGAGUCUGUCGACCAAAAUAAGAAUCGCGAUUCAGGUUGUGGACAAGAUCUCUGUCACAAUAAACAAGAUUAGAGAUGAAGAGCUUUGGCCGCAACUGAAUGAUUUGAUUCUCGGGUAUAUUAACGUUCUCAGGUUGAGUAGAAUGUGGAAAAACAUGCUUCAGUGCCACGAAAUCCAGUGCCAAGCAAUAAAGGAAGCCAAAGGAUUUGGUCCUAUUGGAUCCGCGAAGAAGCUCAGUGAUGAUCAUCUCCAAGCUACAUUGCAACUUGAGCAUCAACUGCUUAAUUGGACUUCUGGUUUCACCAGUUGGGUUGGAGCUCAGAAGGGUUAUGUAAAAGCCCUAAAUAAUUGGCUUGUAAAAUGCCUCCUCUAUGAACCAGAAGAAACGCCUGAUGGCGUGGCCCCUUUCUCACCUGGAAGAAUGGGUGCACCUCCCGUGUUUGUGAUCUGUAAUCAGUGGGCACAAGCUAUUGAUAGAAUAUCUGAGAAGGAAGUGGUGGAUUCUAUGCGCCUCUUUGCAUCGACGGUGUUUAAACUGUGGGAACACGAUAAGGAAGAGAUGCGAAGCAGAAUGAUGACAAACAAGGAUUUGGAGAGGAAAGUUAGGAACUUGGACAGAGAGGACCAGAAGAUACAGAAGGAGAUCCAAGCACUGGACAAAAAAAUUGUUUUGGUUUCUGGCGAUGGAGGUGAUGGCUUGUCUGUUACUGGAAAUGUUGUGUAUCAGAGUGAUACUAGCAAUGGCAGUCUGCAAGGUAGCCUGCAGAGGAUUUUCGAGGCCAUGGAGAAGUUUACAGCGGAGUCCGUGAAAGCUUAUGAGGACCUUGUGCAACGCAGUGAAGAAGAAAGCAGAGCUGGAGAACAUGGAACAGCUUCUUAAUCAUCACAUGGUUCAACCACAGACAGCUUUCUGCAAACUUUGCUUAAAGCAGAAGGCUUCGCCACCUUGUCAUGCAAGUUUGUGGUGAAAUAUGCCUUGCCCCUUCUGCUGCUGAAACUCCUCUGUGAAAGAUGAUCAUGGGACGGUGGCAGUUGUUCCAUGUGGGCCACCUAGGUUUAAUGGGGGUUUGAAGCUCAGGCUGAUUGGAAAACUGAGCCGGGCUAUCGGACAUGCUCUGUAAGUGCCAAUUCCUUUUUCUGCCGGAUCAGAAUUGGCAUAGACCAUAUAGCUCCUGUAGCGCUGUCGAUGCAUCGCAUCGAGCAUUUACACAGCUGGGAAGGUCAUACACAAGGUUCGCUCUCGGGGGGAAAAUACAAUGCCUAAGAUGUAAACCUGUGGAAGUGCAGAAUUAGAUUCAAUUUUGAACCGAGGAUAUCUGGUUGAGUUAUAGGUUCAGUGGGCUGCCCCAGAAUGGCGCAAGUCUUGGAAAAUGCCCACAGAUCAGAUAUAUAUAUGGUAAAUAACUUAACUUUGUUUUUCUUCUGGUACUUCUUCGGAAUAUUUAUUACAUUAAAUUCUGUAUAGUUCUCUUUUCUUCUCCCUGAUAGCUCUUAUCAUAGCAGAGAGUCUCUGUAUGAGGCUCUAGUUAGAGGGUUCUUAACAUCCAUCGUCUCGUGUUCUUCGUAUAAUUUGAAUCCCUGUAUUACCACUGAACUAGGGAGACUAGGAAGGGGAAUGUACCAUUGUAAUCUUGUUGGAAUGGCAAUUGAAGCAGAGAAUUAGAUGAUUUAACAUAUCAUUCAUACAUGUAUUUGCUGUACUCUGGGAAUGAUUAGCUGGUGUGGGUUUUGAUUAGGACACAGUUUGUUUUCUACUAAUCAUGUACUCUAAUAUACUAUUAUUAGCUUGGAAGAGUUUUGCUUUGAGUGAUUGCAACUAUGAUGACAAAAGAUCUUCUGGCUUUGGGAUACAACAACAGCUCACAGCACUGAUUGGAGAUGGGCAAAGAUAGGGCUAAACUCUUUUUUUUUUUUUUUUUUUAAUGAUUAUCUGUUAGCAAUAAUUGUGGGAAGUUGAAGGUGGUUUAGCUUUUUCAGUAUUAGGAGGGUUAUGAUGGUGUGAAAUGAAUCGAGUUUUCCAGGACCAUUUUUUAUGCCUUUUUUGUGACAGCUGAAAAGAAGAUGCACAACAAACACAGCUGAAAUGAAAACAACAGCUUUCUAUUUUUUUUGUAUUUGGUUUGUGAGAGGUCUUGGUAGGCCAGAGGAUCUUUGCAUGCAUCUUCCCCUCUCAUCUCUGUCUCUCUCCCAAGCCUUGUUUGGACCUUUGGGGAAAUGACUGUAAAAAGUGAUGCUCAUAAUGAAAUGCCUUUUGUGAGUAAGAGAGGUGGGUUGAUGAUGUUGAAAUUGUGGAUGGUAACUUGUCAAUUUUAGGUGAAUGGUGUGGUAUGCUUUUCAGGGUGUUUGUUGAUAGAAACUUGAGUUUCUAAGUGAAUGUGAUGAG